AUGGAAAUAACUACUUUAAAAGACUUGAUCAUCAAAUAAAUGCUUGAUUUACAAAGUACAGUUUAUUGUGGUAUCUUAUUUUACUGAAAUAAGUAAUCCCCAAAUUGCCCUCAAUUAAGAGUUCCAAUUAUUAAGAUGGAAUAUUAAUUGGAAGAAUAUUGUUAUAAGCUAAUGAAUAAAUUUAGAAUAUAGUCUAAAGACUUAUAGAAGAUUAAAAUUCUAUGAUUACUAGAAGCAAAUUUAAAGGAUCAAACAUAAAUAAUAAUUUAGAUUAAAACCCUCCAAAAUAGAUUUAACGUGAGUUACAUUAGAAUAAAGAGAAAAUAUUAUAAAUUAAAAUAACCCCUGAACCUAAUAUCGACAGACCAUGUUGUUUAUGUUAUGAAGGAAAUGAAAACACUUGUGGUAAAAUUAUUACAAUACCUAAUUCUGUAAGGAAAUUAUAGGCACAUUCUUAAUGCUUUAAAAAUAUUAAUAAUCCAAAAUAAAUAGAAUUUGAUAAGGUAUAUUUAUUAUAUAGAACAUAUGUAAAUUAGAUUAAUUUAUAUUUAGGAAUGUACAAUUUGUGAAAAAUAAGGGGCUUCAUUUGUUUGUGAGAAAUGUAACUAAAAAUAUCAUUUUCCAUGCUUUGUUGACUCUAGCUAAGAAGGUAUAUUACAAUGUAAUUGUUAAAAAAAUUGA